AGGGGGAGGGGGGGGGUGCUGGGUAUAAAGCUAUGCUGCCUUUGUCCUUGCCACUCUACCUGUCUUUAAGUGAGUAGGUAGAGCAGCCUGUCGAACUCCAGGAUGGUCAGAUCACUGCUUGGCCUGCUUUUCGCCUCCUCGGUUCUGCUUUGCAGCGCCGCUCCAGUGGACAGGCAUGGUGAGUCGGAUGCCAAAUGCCCUCUGAUGGUGAAGAUCCUGGACGCGGUGAAGGGUGUGCCAGCCGGCUCUGUGGCACUGAAGGUGGCCCGACGAGACGCUAAUGGAGCAUGGGCACAGGUCGCUAACGGGGUGACAGACUCUACUGGGGAGGUUCACAACCUGAUCGCAGAACAGGAUUUCCAGCCAGGGGUGUAUCGUGUCGAGUUUGACACCAAGUCUUACUGGAAGGCCGAAGGCCGGACACCAUUCCACGAAAUGGCGGAUGUUGUGUUCGAGGCGCAUGUUGGCGGUCACCGCCACUACACCCUGGCCCUGCUGUUGAGCCCGUUCUCCUACACUACCACCGCAGUGGUAGUGAACACACACGAGUGACACACACACACACUCUACCCAGGUCACCCCAAUAAACAGCCAGAGAACAGUCCGAGCAUCGCUUCCUCUACAUUUUGCUGUGCUGUGGCAGAUCCUGUUUUUUUUCAAUGUGUGUUCAUGAUUGUUUGUUUGUGAGACGUUUCCAUGAGCCAAAUAACUCCAGGACACUUUGGGUGUGUUUUCCAGAACAUGGCAAUGAAGGUGUUUAUUCAUCUUCUUGAUUGACCCAGAAAAAAAUAAAAACAAAAAAUGAACAAAGUCCAAACAGUUCAAGACUUCUUUACUGGUCUGUUAAAGAUUGUAGAAGAUUGACAAGAUAGCCAACAUGUCGACUUUAAAGUUAAGUUCUUUUUAGCAUCGUUCGAGGGAAAUGUUUCUAGCUACGGGAUCGCAGAACAAAACUGAGCAUGUGCAGAGUAGACAUUACAUUGAAUUCUUAUCACCCAGUUUAGAAAGAUGUUCAUUUCAUUUUUAUGAGUCCAAAAGAUGGUACACGUCAUGGCAAUGGGUCAAUUCCAUUCCACUAGUUAACUAGCAUUCCAAUUAGAUGACUAUCUUAAUUUAAAAUCUAUACUUCCCUCAAACGCCAGCACCUUAUCAGGUUGUCAAGAAUAAUAAUUUGGGAUGUGGAAAGCAUAAACCUUUGGAUUUUGAGACAUUGCAGCCAUUUCUUCAAUCCUGUACAAACCCUGGCACAGACUCAACACAGAUACAGUAAGAGGACUCUUUUUAAAUCUUAUCAGUCAGCUGUAAUGAAUUGUUUAAUGCGUCUCAAAUCAGACCUCCUGACUGGAAAUACAGAAUAGAAAAAAGAAACAUGUGCACUUCAGUUUAAAACAACCCCAAAUCGUUAUCCUUCAAAAAAGAAUACAAAGUGAAAACAGUUUGUGGGAAGGAGGGGGGGGGGGGAGAGAAAAGAAAAUAACUCAAGGCACAAAUAUGAAUACUGCAAAAUGUAAUACUCUAUAUUACAAUAAUGUAACGGUGAAUAUAUCAUCUGAAAUGUUCUAUCUUUAAUUUUGAUAUUCCAACAACCAAGAGGUGACGUUGGAGGGGGUGGGGGUCGGGGAUUUGGGUAGGCUUCUAAACCUCUGGUGCUACGGGGCAGCCAGCACAAUGCCCGGACGGCCCGCCCCUCGCACCGUAUCCAAUGCACCCUUUCCCCCCCCCCCCCCCCCC